AAGACGGUCGGGUCAUGAAAAGCCCACAUAACUAACAUCAAAGACGGUCGGGUCAAUGAAAAGCCCAAAAGAAGAAGGAAGAAAACAUGAGGAAAAGUGAACCAAAAAGAGAGAGAAUAAUGAAAAUGGGGGGAAAGGCAAUAGUGUGUUAUGGUCCUCUAAUAGACCUCUCAAAAGCAGCAGCUCACAUCGACGACUACGUUCAACUCCUCGUUUUUGUUCACAAUAUCACCCCUAUUCAGUACAAAGUAUGGAGAAAAGGUGGGGCAGAGGUCAUAAGGACCGAUAUACAGGUGUGCGACGACACCCGCCCAUUUUUUCCUCUUACAAUAUGGAACAAACAAUUGGUCUCCACAUUGCUUGCCGGAGAUAUCAUUUUGCUUCAAAAUGUUAAGAUUAUAAAAGUUGGCGAAUUAAUUGAGGCUAGAACUGUACAUUGCUCAACUUUGCAAUGUAUAAUCCAUUCAUUCAAGCCACUUUUUUCUAAAGGUGUGGACGAACUGAUGCACAGCUGUCGAAUUGGCACAGCAGCAAAGGAUAAGCUUCAGAAAAUCGUUACAUGGCUGCAGCAGGGAGCUGCUGUUGAUUUGAAAAACCAUCAGGCAUCAAUAAAUUGGAAAGUGCAUGAAGAGACAAAAUCUCAGAAUUGCAUCUCUCUUCAGGAUUUAUCUGAUCUUCCUGAUUCCUGCAAGGCAACCUUAUAUGCAUCUAUUGGUGAAAUAUUUCUGCCAGUUACCUGGAGACAUCUUCCUGAAUCUGAUGUUGAAAGCAUGUUCAUUAGCAAGAGGCUAUAUGUGCACUCAGAUUGCAAUGUGGCUGACGAUCUAAUUACUGCUGGUUGCCAUCUCUGUGGUACUCCUUUGAGUUAUGAUUCUAGUUCUGGCAGUAUUAGAAAUGCCUCAUCACUCUAUUGUGAGGAGAGCUCCAAUCACCUUCAUGCAGUGAGCAUGAUAUAUCGACCUUUCAUGCUAUAUGUGUGGGAUGAUACAAUGUAUGCUCCACUUCUUGUUAAAAACAAGGCAGCUGAAGUGUUGUUUGGAAACAUCAGAGCUGAGGAAGUAUUCUCUUGCUAUAAAAGGCUGAAGGAUGGGAAAAAUCAUUCUUCAAACUUAGUCUGCGGAAGGAAUGGCAAGGAUGAAAGGACUGUUACUGGGGAAUGUAUUUCAGUCAUCGACACAUCUUGCACCAAUGAGGGCAAGGAUUUGAAAGAAAAAAAUAAAUUUGAUGUAAGACCUAAUUUCUAUUUGAUUUGGUUGAUUUUAUUGAAGUUGCUACUGCAACAGGAGAACAACAGUCCUUUGAAAUUUAAAGUUACUAUUAAUGCAACCAGAGAUUGUGAAUGUGGAAGGUAUGAGAUGAUCUCUGUUUCUCUGCCAUCCUUUAUAUCUGAUGUCAGUUUAGUAUAGGAGUCUCGUUUCCCCUCUAAAUGUAUUAAUUAUCAAUAUUCUGAGAAGAGUUCAUGUGGUGUUCAUUAACUUCAUGAUUGGGAGUUAUUUUUUUAGACUCCUUGGAUGAAGGUAAUUAAGAAUAGUUCUCUAUUGCCUAAGUGUGAAAUAAUUCUCUUUUUGAGAUGAAUCUACUAUCUUGAUUUAAUAUUUGUUUUGGAUCAA